UCUCUGGUGCUACGCUGAGUUUUGUCCAGCGGUUGCAGGAUACCCAGCACCUGGCCCGGGAGGAAACAAGAGCCGAGCAGCCUACCCCUCUUUCUGUCUUUUAUCCACGGAAAUGAAUGAUGCAGUGGCCAAGGAGGCCACCAGGAGACGUACCCAGCACCGGGCCAAUGGGAAAGCAUCUGAACUGGGGGAGCAGCCAGCAUCGUGGGGGAGAGCAUGGGAGGUGGACUGGUUUUCCUUGAGCAGUGUGAUUGGCCUCCUUUGCUUUGCCCCUUUCAUUGUCUUCUACUUCGUGAUGGCCUGUGAUCAGUACCAGUGCUCCAUCAGCCAGCCUCUGCUGGAGUUGUACCAAGGAGAGACCACGCUGCUCUCCAUCUGGGCCCGGGCGCCCUCCUUCACCUGGUCAGCUGCCAAGAUUUAUGCCAUCUGGGUGGCCUUCCAGGUGUUCCUGUACAUGUGUGUUCCUGAUGUGACUCAUAAGUUUAUUCCUGGCUAUGUUGGUGGAGUGCAGGAUGGAGCACGAACUCCUGCUGGCCUGAUUAACAAGUAUGAGGUCAAUGGGCUGCAGUGUUGGCUGAUCACUCAUGCACUGUGGUAUGCCAAUGCCCAGUAUUUCCACUGGUUUUCUCCCACCAUCAUCUUCGACAACUGGAUCCCCCUGAUGUGGUGUGCUAACAUACUGGGCUACGCUGUGUCCACCUUCGCUUUCAUAAAGGCCUACCUUUUCCCCACUAACUCUGAGGACUGCAAGUUCACAGGGAACAUCUUCUACAACUACAUGAUGGGCAUCGAGUUCAACCCACGCAUUGGCAAGUGGUUUGACUUCAAGCUUUUUUUCAACGGUCGGCCCGGCAUCGUAGCCUGGACCCUUAUCAAUCUGUCCUACAUGGCCAAGCAGCAAGAACUGUACGGCCACAUCACCAACUCCAUGAUCCUGGUCAACGUACUGCAGGGCAUUUAUGUGUUGGAUUUCUUCUGGAAUGAGGCGUGGUAUCUGAAGACCAUUGAUAUCUGCCAUGACCACUUUGGAUGGUAUCUGGGCUGGGGGGACUGUGUGUGGCUACCGUACCUCUACACACUGCAGGGUCUGUACCUGGUGUACCAGCCAGUCCAGCUCUCCAACGCCCACGCCCUGGCUGUCCUGUUGCUCGGCCUGGUCGGGUAUUACAUCUUCCGCUCCACCAACCACCAGAAGGACCUGUUCCGGCGCACCGAGGGCUCCUGCUCCAUCUGGGGCCGGAAGCCGGCGUACAUCGAGUGCUCGUACCGCUCCACAGACGGCGGCGUUCAUCGCAGCAAGCUCAUGACCUCAGGGUUCUGGGGAGUGGCCCGCCACUUCAACUACACCGGCGACCUGAUGGGUUCGCUGGCCUACUGCGCCGCCUGUGGCUUUGGCCACAUACUCCCAUACUUCUACAUAGUUUACAUGACCAUCCUGCUGGUCCACCGCUGUGUGCGCGAUGAGCACCGCUGCAGCAGCAAAUACGGAAAGGACUGGAAGCGCUACACAGACGCUGUGCCUUACCGACUUAUCCCUAGGGUGUUUUAGAGAGGCGGAAAGCAGCGGGAGGAGGGAGAUAGAGAAGUAGGGUGGGGGCUAAGAUUAAGGUAGAUACUGAAAUUGGGGGGGGGUGUUAUACAGAACAUAAAUAAAUCCCACUAAUAACAUUUUAACACUACGGUUCAUACAUUGUGAAAUGAAUACGCAUGUCUAAACAUGUGUAGCCAGCUAUACAUGUGUAUAUGCAGACACUAUAUAUCACUACCUCGUUAAAGCAGUUUGAUGGACCAGCCAGAUGCUUUCGGUAUACUGUUAGCCACUUUUUAAUAAUAAUACAAUAUGUAUUUGAAGACCAAGCAAAUCAUUAAACCAGCUGAAGAAACAGUCAGUUCUGUAGUGGGCUGUUGUCUACCGGUAUGCUCAACAAUGCUGCGACAUUCCCAUAAUGCAGUUUCAUAAACAUGAGAAUUUUAUGUUUUAUAUCAUUGUACAUGUAACAGCUCUUCAGACAAAAAAAAUAAUUUGAUGAAGUCACUUAGCACAGGUUGCCUAUGAUGGGCGCUUUUCAUUAUCCUUGUCAUUUUUAGACUACAUAAGUAAUUAUGAACAGAUAUAUUUAAUGAUCAAUAUUGACUAUAAUAUUUUGUUGCCCCUGGCUUAAUGGACCAAAUGUGAUUGUCGGCUCCACUGACAAGACCCAUAAAAAGUUCUGUUCUCUUUGUUUAAAGGUUGUCUGAGUGCUCCGAUGCAUUCACUGUCAUUUUCAUAUUCAACUGCAGGGGAACGUUUGUUAGGUUAGGUUAUUGCUUGUUCCUUGUUUCCUUGUUUUUAUUUCCUCCAGCCAGCACUGCCUUUCGUAGCGCGAUAAAGUAACAAAACAAACUUUAACGUCUCUUGUGACUAA